UGACGGAGUGGCUGCAAAAGCGUAAAAAAAAAAAAGGAAAUCUGAUGCUGGAGAGGCAGAUGCAUGAGAAUCUACAUCAGGGUGGAGCUGAUGCUGUGCUAGUGUACACACAGCAGCCUUGCAGUUGCUGCAUCAAUCUUAUGAAGGAAAUGAGUGUUGAGGCAGCACACAAAAUGCCAGCUGUGAAGCUCUUAGGCUGAUCGUAACCACUGAGGGGAGGAGGGUUCCACCUUCUCUAGGUGGUGGGGGGAGCGCUGGCAGGAGAAUCAUGUCUGACUCCAGUGCUACAGGACUGAUCUGCAACAACAAGGGUUCAGCCGAUUCCUACACUAGUCGACCCUCUGACUCCGACCUGUCCCUGGAGGAGGACCAGGAGGCGUCUCGGCGUGAAGCCGAGCGCCAGGCUCAGCUGCAGCUAGAGAGAGCCAAGUCUAAACAAGUGGCCUUUGCAGUGAAAACAAAUGUUAGUUAUUGCGGGGCCCUGGAUGAAGAUUGUCCAGUCCAAGGUGCAGCCAUUAAUUUUGAAACCAAAGACUUUCUGCACAUAAAAGAGAAAUACAACAAUGAUUGGUGGAUUGGUCGACUGGUGAAGGAGGGAGCAGACAUCACUUUCAUCCCGAGCCCUGUCAAACUGGAGGCCAUCCGGAUAAAGCAAGAGCAGAAAGCUGCAGCAAGGAAAGGAGGGAAUGCGUCAUCUGGGGGCUGGAGAUCCACGCCUCCAUCUGCAGCCAAACAGAAGCAGAAACAGACUGAACAUGUUCCUCCAUACGAUGUGGUUCCUUCUAUGCGGCCGGUGGUGCUGGUGGGACCUUCGCUGAAAGGCUAUGAGGUGACAGAUAUGAUGCAGAAAGCCUUGUUUGACUUCUUAAAGCACAGGUUCGAUGGCAGAAUCUCCAUUACUCGGGUGACUGCUGACCUGUCGCUGGCGAAGCGUUCCGUUCUCAACAAGAAGACCAUCAUGGAGAGGUCCAACAUGCGCUCCAGUCUGGCUGAGGUGCAGAGUGAGAUAGAAAGGAUCUUUGAGCUCGCCAAGUCUCUCCAGCUGGUCGUCCUGGAUGCAGACACCAUCAAUCACCCUGCACAGCUCCUCAAAACCUCGCUGGCCCCCAUCAUUGUCUAUGUCAAAGUGUCAUCGCCCAAAGUUCUGCAGAGGCUGAUUAAAUCUCGGGGCAAGUCACAGAGCAAACACCUCAACGUCCAGAUGAUGGCGGGGGACAAGCUUGCACAGUGUCCGCCUGAAAUGUUUGAUGUCAUCCUGGAUGAGAACCAGCUGGAAGAUGCAUGUGAACACCUGGCUGAGUAUCUGGACAUUUAUUGGCGUGCUACACACCUUCCUUGUUCUGUCCCCGUCAACCCUGUACAGGACCAAAGCGUCAUCACUCCUCCUUCUGCUAACUCCAGCCAACAGUUUUCUGAGACUCAAGAGUUGAUAGAGUGAUCUCUUUCUUUGACACUGGAAGCUUAUGUUGUUUGCUGGAGUUUGCACAGCACAGGGACAAAGGCGCCACCAGCGGGCAGCAGCUACAGUAGCCCUUAUCCUUCCAUCCUCAAGUCUGAAGGAAAAGCCACUGAAGGCAUGUCAGCUGGAGGGAAAAGGCUGAAACAAAACAAACGGGGAUGAGGGAAGAUUUGACCAUCGGCUCAUCAUUCAGAGCGCCCUGGGCACACUGCUGCCACCAAGGGGAGAGCCCCCGGCCACUCCCAACCCUCACCCCACCCCACCUCUGCGGUCCCAACGCCACGUGACUACUCAGGGUCGCUUUCUAAAGCUGCACAUUAUAAUGCUAAAUGAACACAGUACAGGAAAGAAGACACUGCAUGACACGUCCUACCACUCCCUACUGAAAGUCAUGCCCUCCCUCCUCCCUUCACCUGGAAAAGCUGAGCCAGCCCCCGUGUCCUACCCAGAGGUAGCCAGCCUUGGCGCAAGCAAGGUGAUUCAGCACUUAUCUUCAUCAAAUGACACGCUUUAAAGGUCAGCCUGUGUUAUCAUGCUCUACAGUAGCAAAGUCGUCAUAUAUGAAAAGCUGGCGAGCAGAAGGUUCCCAGGGUUCACCCAUCUGAGCAACAUACAGUACUUCUCUAUGUCUUCCAUCUCUACAGCUCUACUGUGAGCUGACAUUCCACUUGAACCAAAUGCUUACUGAAAAAGGCACAAAUGUUUCUAGUUGUCAGUUUACACAGUGAAGUACCGGUAAUUGCUUUUAUUUCCUUCUAAAUAUUCUGUAGCCUUUUUUUUUUUUUUUUACAUUUUCUUUAAUAUAAACUAUUAUAUCAGGUUCAUAUCUUGACAAAUAUAGUAGCUGCUUACAUAUUUUUGUGCACACUGUGAUGCAUGAUGCAUGCAUAAAACUGCUGGCUUUAAAAAGUCGUGACCAAACUCCAAACGUCCAGUUUAGUACUGACCCAGCGAAAAUGUGUUUUUAUUCAGUGUUUUUAAUCUGAUUACCUUUUACUUAUUAUAAAUCUCAACGGUAAAAUGAUGAAAUGCUGGGAAGUACAAUCCAUACUGAAAAUUGUAUAGCAUCAGUGAAUAAAAACACAGAAGAGUCACUUUAAAAUGCUACCUGUCAUCUCCUAACUCCAGAUGUGGAGUUUAUAGACUUGAACACUCCUUUCGCUCCAUUUUCCUCACUUUUCUUUUACCAGCUCUAUGGUAUUAUUUAUACGGUGAGUAGAAGCAUUAAUAUUUCCACAACUAUAUUCAUUUAUUUUCUACACCUUAUUAUGACUUGAAAUACACAUUUUAUCAUCAGACGCAAAUUUCCAUGUAUCACAUAAAGAAUAAAAAAUGUAAUUAAAUGUAAUGUAAAAUGUGGUAACAGUCAGGUUUCUACUCACCAGUGUUCUUAUUGUAGUAUCAUAUUGCCUUUUGGCAUGAAUUUGACGGUUGACUAUCUUUAUGUACUACCUGUCUAGAGGACGACCUCUUGUGGUAUAUUUGACUUAUUACAGGUUUCUAUACCACUUGGGAAUAAUACAGUAGUAUUAAAAUCAAAAAUCAACUUUCAGUCAUGAGACGUUUAAAAGUCGUGAGACUUUUUAUGUUUUACAGUUCAAACAUCACAUCAGUGGCUUCAACAAAAGUUUGCAGUUUGUCUUCCUUUUUGCCGUUAUUUUGCCUUGGCCAACAGUGUAUUCUAGUAAACACAUCCAUGAAUGCAUUCAUUAUCAUCAUGUAAAACUAAUCUGCAGACAGUGAUUAUUGUAAAUAAUAAAUCGUCUAAGUGCAUGACAUAAUUGUAUUGCCGUUCCAUCAGAAGGGCUUUACAGGACCGUCCUCAUAACAGCCUGCUUAACCAAUCACAUGUAUUAUCAAAGCUUCAGUGUACAUAUUGUAUAUUUAAUAUGCAGAUAUUGUUAUGAAUAUUAGAAUUGUUACUGUCAAGCUGCAUAUAAUGCAGAGAGGUCACCGCACAAAAAUCUAUAACGUACACCACAGAGUGCAUGUAUUUAUGUAUUAAUCCUCUUUUUAGAAUGAUGUAAUGCAAAUAUGUAAUACUUUCUGCUAACAUCUGCAUUCAUUUUUGCAGCAUUAGUUUCUGGUCACAAGACAGGGACCACAAUACAUUUAAUCAAUUAAACACAAGUAGAAAAAGAAAAAGUCACACUUCUUUAAAAACCCAAAGCACAUUUUCUUAAAUGUCCUGUAUGCAAUACCGUAUUUCAAGUCUAACAUUGCCGAGGCAAAAGCUGAGACUAUCACAAUACCUGCUCAGGUAUAUUGGAGUAUAUGUUUGCACUACUUGUCUUUUUAAUGUCUGCUUUAUGAUGCAAUAAAUGCACCACACGUUCUGCUGUACCCACAAGCUGUCUGAUCUGAUGUCCCUGAUGCUUUACUGGCAAGUCUGCAAGAUAAAUGACAAAUGCAGCUGCGUCUGAUGUACAUCCGAACAGGGUGUAUCUUUGUCAGUAGUGCAUUUGGACAAAAAGAGGGUGAAUUAAUAAAAAAAAGUUAAAAUUAUACCUUGAAGUAAUGUGUGAGAGAAUUUAUUUUGGCUCUGUGACUGAUAGUGUGGCUACACCCGCUAUGUCGUGAUUGUUGUAAAUAUAUUAAUACACACUGGCUCAAUUCAAAAGACUCUGAAAGCAAUUAGAGCAGCUACAAA